AUGGCAGCACAUCACCCACAGUGUCAAAAGCAGGUAGAACCAACCUUGACGAAACAAGGACAGAGAGACCUUCAGAGGGUGCCCAUGGCAGACAACAUCAAAGUGGUGGGCGAGCUUGGGGACGUUUCUGACGACCAAGGGUUCAUCCACCUGAACAUCGAGGCAGACUUCAUCAUCUUCAGCCCCAAGAGAGGGAAAAAACUGGUGGGUGCAAUUAAUAAAGUGGCCCCGAGUCAUACUGGCUGCCUGACACAUGGAUGCUUCAAUGCUCCUAUCCCUAAACCUGAACAAAUGUCGAUCGUGCAGUGGCAGGUGCUGGGGUGGAAAAUAGGGGAUGAACUGAAAUUUCAAGUAUUGCAUUGGGAUUCUGACGCAGUUGGGGUGCUCUUCAUUCGAGGAGGACUCACUAAGAGCAGCAUGAGGCCAAAAAAAUCUGAGACCAUCACUGACAGUACAAGCAGAGAUGAAAUUCCAAAGCUUGACCACCAGGAAAAUAGCUUCAAUGACUCUGAGGGAGGAGGUAAUGUCACAGAGCAGCCUCUAGGUGAGACAGAUAACACUGGGAGGGAAAAUGGAGAAGAGCAGAAUGUUGAUGCUAUGAAUGGAGUAUGUGAUGAUAAAAACAAGAAGAAAACCAAAAAACAUAAGCAAGAAGAACAGGAACAUGUAUUGCCUACCAGUGACUCCAGUGGUUACCAAAGUGACCAUAAAAAGUCAAAGAAAAAGAAAAGAAAGCAUUGCAAUGAAGAAGGUGAAAUAUCUCAGACGUCACAGACAAGGGACUGA